UCCAAAUAUUAAUUCCAAGAGAAUUUAUUCCUUUUUUUCUAAAGAAAAAAAAAAUCUUUCUCACAAAGCUUAUCUUUACACUAUAAGAAGCAAUAUACCACACAAACUCUUUCUCCAUCGCAUUCUCAAAUCAAAAGUGUUCUCAAAACUUUUAUUUUUUCUUCCCUAGAGCCUUGAACAUCAUCAUUAUCAAAUGAGCGGUAGUAGUAGUAAUACACGAAGACAGAGCAUAGAGGUUAUUAGAGAGGAUCAAACGACAAAGAAAUGGUGCGUUGCACUCCGAGAAGAUGUGUUCAAACGAUUCUUAUUAUUUUGUAAUAAUAAUAAUAAUAACACAAAAAUAAAAAUCAACAACGUGUUUGGUGAUGGCUCACUCUUCAGUCCUUUCUUGUUUGGCAAAUUCUUUGAUCCUUCCGAUGCUUUCCCACUUUGGGAAUUCGACUCUGAUAUCUUGUUGUCUAAUCUCCGGAGCUUAGGACAAACUACUGUCGAUUGGUUUCGAACUCCUCAUGACCAAGAUUAUGUACUCAAAGCAGAUAUACCAGGAAUUGGGGUUGGGAAGAAUAGUGUGCAAGUAGUGUAUAAUGAAAAGCAGAAGGCUGUGGAGGUGAGUGGUGUGUGGAGCCAACAACAGAGCAUGACUAUUAAUAAAGAGUGGAGGAGUGGGAAUUGGUGGGAAUAUGGGUAUGUUAGGAGGCUUGAGCUGCCUGAUGAUGCAGAUUCGAGAAAAAUUGAGGCUUAUUUGACAAACGACACACUUUUGGAGAUUAAAAUUCCUAAGAAAAUUUUGGAUUUUGAGCCCAAUAAUAAUACUCUUGCGAAUGAUGUGAUGAGUACAAAAAAAUCUGAUGCGGUGUAAGUAUAAAACCUUUUAUUAUUGUUAUCUUAUUACUUUGCUUCUUUUAAUAUGCUUAAUUGCAAAGUGUAUUAUAAUUAUAAAAAAGACAAAAUAAUUAACUGCUAUCUUAAUUAACUGUUGGUACAUAAUUACAAGAAUGCCUAAUAAGAGAUUAUUAAGGCAUUUACAAUAACAAA